AUGCAAAAUGAAAAUCCACAGGAACAAAAUGUCUCUCAAAGAGGAAAAGGUAAAAGCACUAGACCCUACUGCAGUUACUGCAGCAAGCCAGGCCAUACUCGACAAACUUAUUGGAAACUGCAUGGUCGACCAUCACGUAAAAACAAUCGCAGUACAACCCACAUGGUUCAAAAUGGUUAUGAAACAGAUGAUCAACAUGCUGAUUUUAAUACUUUAUCUGGAGUGGAUUAUAGUGAUUACCUGCAGUAUCAAGCGGCUAAACAACAAUCACUCUCAUCUGGCACCUCAAAAACUGGUAAUUCCUUUGCUUGUCUGAGCAGGUCUUCACCCAAUUACUCAUGGAUACUGGACUCUGGUGCAUCUGACCAUAUCUCCAGUAAUCAGAAUCUUUUUUCAAACCUUAUUCCUUCCUCAACCCUCUCUGCGGUUACCCUUGCUAAUGGCUCGCGAACUGCAGUAAAAGGAAUAGGAGAAGUGCAACUUCUUCCCUCUAUGACUGGAGAACGGGGAAGACGAUUGGAACAUGGUAUGAGUCAUAGGGACUAUAUCAUAUGUCCAGAUCACAACCACCAGUUGCCUUCACUUCCGCCGUCUUGGGAAACACCUCUGUUUGACAUUGUUCACUCAGAUGUUUGGGUUGGGGUCCUAGCCGUUAAAGUAUUACGUAGUGACAAUGCAAAAGAGUAUUUAUCAUCCCCCUUCACUAGUUUCAUGUCAUCUCAAGGAAUUACUCAUCAAACUUCUUGUGCAUAUACUCCUCAACAAAAUGGAGUCGCCGAACGUAAAAAUCGGCAUCUCAUUGAAACUGCUCGCACCUUACUUAUACACCAUCAUGUUCCUCUUCGUUUUUGGGGAGAUACUGUUGUCACUGCUUGCUAUCUGAUCAACAGGAUGCCUUUUUCUAUGUUGCAACAUCAAAGUCCUCACUCAAUUCUCUUUCCAGGUCAAAAUCCCUAUCAUUUACCUUUGAGAGUGUUUGGAUGUACUUGCUUUGUUCAUGAUCACAGUCCUGGAAAUGACAAACUCCAACAAAAGUCAAUUAAAUAUGUCUUUCUUGGAUACUCUCGUUACCAGAAAGGUUAUAAAUGCUAUGAUCCAAAAGCACAUAAAUGUUUGAUCUCUGCGGAUGUAACCUUCUUUGAGACAUCUCCCAAUUUUUCACUAAACACUACAAAUAGAAAUUUGAUGCCUCAAGUUUUUCCAGUGCCUAUAUUUCCUGUACCACAGGUUAGUCUUCCAGACAGACCUCAAGGCUCUCCUCCUCCUCUCCAAGUAUACUCCCGUGCCCGUCCUCUAGCUAAUACUAAUGAUAGCACUACACCUGAUCUUGAUACAUUGGUAGCUCCCGGUGACUCAUCUCUUGCUCCAAAGUCACCUGCUCCAGUCAUGCCUUCAUCAGAUGCAGUAACUCCACCAAUUGCCAUACUCAAAGGUAUACGCACUACUCAGAAGAAAAACAAAAGAAAAAGGAAAACAAAAGAAAAGGAAAGAAUUAGGUAA